AUGCGGCUUCUGGUAACUUCUACGGCCACGAGGAGCAGAGGGACGGCGUCAACACUCAGGGAAGGUGAGCCAGGAAGCCAGGCGAAACACAUGAGUAACGUCCAGUCACUCUUCUACUACGUGCAGCUCCCCGACGGCCGCCUCAUGAGGGUCGAGUACUACGUGGACGACUGGGGCUUCCACCCCACCAUCACGUUCGAGGGCGAGGCGCAGUUCCCGACUGGCCCGGGCGGCCCAGGAAGGCCAGGAGGACCAGGAGGACCAGGAGGACCAGGAGGACCAGGAGGGCCAGGAGGCCCAGGUGGUCCAGGUGGUCCAGGUGGUCCAGGCGGUCCAGGUGGGCCAGGUGGGCCAGUUGGGCCCGGAGGUCGUCCCGGAGGCGGAGGAGGUCGCCCAGGAGGAGGAGGAGGAGGUGGCCGCCCCGGCGGAGGCCAAGGACCAACCACGCCCACGCAGCUCUACGGCACGCCCACCAAGUGA